AUGACUUCCUUCAACAGCCACAACUCGACAGCACGAGUUGUACCCAAGAUCGUCAAUUCGCAGGCCGACACGACACCCAACUUCGCAGACCCGAACUUCGAUCCUGCCGAAUUCCUGAAUGACUCCUUAUCGCCAUUGACCGUUGCGUCAUUGCAACCCAAUGCUUCUCGAGCACCCGGCUCCGUACCUCUGACCGAGCUGUCCGCCCAGGUCCAGUCCUUGCUCUCGCAAAUUAGUGCGCAGAACGUGCGCCUCUCAAGUACAUUAUCCCAGCUUAGCGAUGAGAUACUCCGAAGUGGUGGACGACUGGCAUACGAAGUGGAGGUGUUACGAGGGGAGACGAUCGGAUUGUCGGAAACCUUAACAGAGGUGCUACGCGACGAUAUCGCCAAAUUCGUUCCGGAAUCUUCGAAGUCGAAUACCAUUGCUACAAGCCGGAAGACAGAGUCGGUCCAAGAAGGAGCCGAGGAUCCUACAUCUACAAAGGAGGAAGGCGUGGCUGCGGAGGAGCAACAGGACGAGGGCCCAGCCGACCCAGAAUACAUUACCAACUUGCGCACACUCAAUCAAGUGCGAUCAAGAUUAGAAGAUGUCGUCCAAACCUUUGGCGAUGCAAUGGAAUGGCCUCUGCCGCCAUCUGAGGUCUCAUUCUCUUCUUCCUUCAUCUCGGUUUCCGGCCCCGAGAUGGGCCCUGAAGGACAAGACCAAGAACAAAAAGGACAAGAGAGCAUGAAGAAGCUGCGCAACGAAAUUUUGGAGCUACUGGAGAGUCAGGGCGGAGGGCACAAGGGAUUAGAAGCCGCUACCCAGCGUUUGGAGACAUUGCGGACAUUGGCAGCAGUAUGGAAGGGAUCUGCCGAAGAGAAAGCGCGUGCACGAUUUGUGGAUGCUCUAGGACGGAUUGUGGAUGAGCGACGGCGAGUUUUGGAGCAUCAGCAGGCAAUGGCUGAGCAAAGUCAACGCGGACCUAGAUCACGCGAACAACGUCGCGACAGCGAUAGUGGCGCCCCCGCCGGCGGACUAUUCCGCAACCUUCAACGACUGCGGGAGGAGAUUUAUCUAGAAUAG